AUGCAACAUAUUCAAACUGGCUGUCCUAAUAUUAACCGAAAGACUGUUAAUUCAGGGAAACAUUUGAGAGCACAUUUACAGCUAGAUGAAGGAGACGUAUAUGUUGUUGCCGUACAAGAAAAUCCCGUGAACCAAAAUGCAGCCGCAAAGGAAAGAAGAGGAAAAGCGAAACGGGAAAAUUGGACAUCUAAUCAAGAAAAGUUGUUGGCAAAGGCUUAUGUUCAUUGCACUUUGAACAAAAGAAAAGGCAAUCAACAAAAGUCGGAUGGUUUUUGGAACCAAGUUCUUAAGCACUUCAAUCAAACGGUUGGAGGAAGUAACCGAAACCACCAUCAAGUUCAAUCGAAAUGGAUGGCGAUGCAAACAAAAUUGAACACAUUCAACGGUUUAUAUCAUCAAGCGGAUCGUUUACGUCCUAGCGGGUGCGACGAUGCUUUUGUAAUGAAGCAAACGCUUAAAGAUUACAAAAACAAAGAAAAACAUGACUUUCCUCAUGUUGCGGCAUGGGAGGUCGUUAGAACAAAUCAAAAGUGGUCGUCGGUACCGUUGUUGGGUGAAGAAAGCUCCGGCUCGAGUCAAAAAAGAAAGUCGUCGGAUUCGGGAAAUUAUAAAGCGGAUACACCUAAUGCCGAAGUCUCGAGCGGUCUUCCCGACAUGAACGAGGAUCCCUCGCCAAGACGACAAAAGAGAAAGGAGAAAAAGGACAAAGGAUCGUCUUCAACAAACGAAGAUCCAAGAGAUAUAACCGGUAGAUUCAAAGAAUACAAGGCCAUAAAGAAAGAGUUGAUGGAUAUUAAAUGGUUACGAGAAGAAAAAUACAUGACGUUGGCGGAUGAGCAACGAGAGGCGUUGCGACAAAGUAUGUUCGACAAGGACUUGGAGACGUUUAACCGGCCUCACGACAAUGUUCACCCUUCGAUGUUGGAAAUCACACUCGCUAGAAAACGCGAGAUCGCAAAAAAUAUGGUUGGCCUUGUAAUUUUUAGUUUUUUUGUUGUUGCGUUGUUUUAUUAUCAAUUUUUUUAA